UAAACUGUCGUAAAGAGAGCGCAGAAGACGGCAGACGCGUGUGGAGCGCCGCACACGUGGUCGGUGUUUUGGUCAGAGAGUAUCGAAUGAAUCCAUGUAAAAACUCUUUUGUGUUGAUGUGGUGAAGAUGUUACCUGUUAUGGACAACAACGAUAAAGCAGAUGAUGAUGAUCGGAGAGGAGUUAAGCGCAAGAUGGAUUUGUCCAGCUGUGACAUUUGUGCGACUAAAGAGGCCAAAUACAGAUGUCCGAGCUGCAUGAAACACACCUGCAGUUUGGCCUGCGUCAAGCAGCACAAGAUGGUGUCAGGAUGCUGUGGUGUUCGUGACAAGACAGCGUUUGUCCCCCUCGCUGGUUUUAACGAAAUCAGCCUGCUCAACGAUUACAGGUUUCUGGAGGACACGGCUCGACUGUCACAGCAGUCCAACAGAGAUGCCGUCCUGAUCAGCAGCCGUCGACACCCGAAGGAGGGCAUGUGGAUGAUCAGAAAAGCAAGAGCAGUCAAAGUCACCCUGAAGUUUCUGCCCAAAGUGUUCAGCAAACACCGGGAGAACCGCACCAUCUUCAGAAGAGCGGAAAGACGAUUCUACUGGCAUCUGAAGAUCCAUUUUCCUCAAAGCGACGCAGUUUAUUCAGAAAGGUGUCCUGAUAACCGGCAGCUCGAUCAGAUUCUCAACGACUACAUUCAUCCCUCAGAAUCAGAUCCAGUCAAACGGCAAAAGUUAAAGAUCUACGUCCACAGUCCUCCGGAGGACAUCAGAGUCUUUCUGAAGUCAGAGCAGAAACAGCCCGACUCUCUCAGGUAUCUGGAGCUGGAUUUGAAGAAGAGUCUGCAGGAAAACCUGAUGCAUAAGACCAUCGUGGAAUACCCGGAAAUCUUUGUGGUUCUGAAGGACCACAGUCAGGAGUACCUCGCUCGCAGACCAGAGCGUCCCAGUGCUGUCCAAAGCAUUGCAUCAGUGACCGUCACCAGAACUUCAUGUUCCCCGGCUGAAACGCUUUCAGAAGCUCUUGUGCGUGUGGCGAAGAAGCCAAAAGUCUCAGAGGACGAUGAGCUGGAGGAAGGAGAGAUCCGAAGUGAAGAAGAAGAUGGAAGCACUGAAGACGAUGAUGGUGUCAAUGAUGACACUGAGAAGAAGAUACCUGUACUGCAUCAUGAGGAUGAUGACAGUGAAGAAGAAGAAGAAGAGCUUCAGGAAAAUCAGAAUCUCGAGGUGGAGAUGAAGGACUGUCCUCCUCAUGACAGUGUUCAGGACGCUCAGGUGGAUGAUGGGAACCAAAACAAAGAGGAUUCAGUGAACAUCACCAGCAAAACUGAAGAAAUGAUGAUGGUUUCUCAAGGUCCUGAAGAAGCUGACAACACUGAGACUUUCACUGAUGACGGUAGAAGUCUAUGUGAAGAUGAUAAGUUUGAUAUUUCACCUCAUGAAUGUCAGAAAAACAUCAAUUCCAAUGCUGGACUUCCAGAAGAUGAUGGAGUUCAAGAGAAAAAUGGCGAUAAUGGUGCAAAUCAUGACGAAGAAGGACAGACUGACUCCUGCAUCGCCGAAGGUCAGAGUUCACCAUGUGAACAAUCAGGAACGAUUCAAAUUGAAGGCCAGGAAAACACGCAUGUAGAAAACACUGAUGUUUAUUCAAGUGCAAGCGAAAAUCAGGCUAAUAUGUGAUAGCAAAGGAGCCAAAAGUCCUGAUGUUUAUACAAUGUUAACAGUCCUGUUAUCCGACAGACUCAAUCCAGCGCCGAUAACCAGACAAUAGCAGAUAAGGCUUCAGAUAAAGAUAGUAGCAAUAAUGGUUUGGAGGCGAUGGACUGUUUUGGCGACUGGUAUGUUUUGAGCGCAGAUAAGUGAUAUCAGACAUCACACGUCACUGUGUUCAUGGAGACGGACAAACGCUGAACAUUCCUCAUAGAGUUCACACUGUUAUUUACUGCAGAAAAUGAUGGAAAAGGAGUUGCAAAUGUUAUAUUUCUGUUAUGAAAUCAAGAUCAUGUAUACUGUGAAAUCUGUGCUUUCAUCAUGUGCCUUACAGUUGCAUCAGAAGGUUUACUUUCUUUGACAGAGUUAUGGCAUCUGUGUAUUUAUGUGACAGUAUUUUUAUGCCAUGUUCCUUUUUAAUAAACUUCUGAAUUUCUUUGUGAGU